AUGGAUUCUAAUUUGCCUUUUGGAGGAAAAGUUGUAAUUUUUUGUGGAGAUUUUCGGCAAACUUUGUCGGUUAUUGAGCGAGCAACAAAGCAUGUCCUCAUAGAAUCAAGCUUUCCUAACUCUGUUCUCUGGUCUAAGUUACACAAACUGAAACUCACGCAGAAUAUGAGAGCCAUGUUAGAUCAUGCUUUCUCUCAGUUUUUAUUAAGAAUAGGCGAGGGAAGAGAGCCUGUAGAUGCAAACGGCGAAAUCGCUUUAUCACCUGAUAUAGUUAUUUCUUAUUAUGAUAAAGAUCAAUCUUUAAAUAGGUUAGUUGAGAGUGUUUUCCCAGAUUUGCAGCUGUAUUCUAAAGAUCCUUAUAGGAUGAUAAAUAGAUGCAUCCUUACUCCCAAAAAUAGCUCAGUCGAUGAGCUAAAUGAGCUAUUGAUAAACAAAUUUCAUGAAAAUGUUCAAAUUUAUAUAAGUUCAGAUCGGACUGUUGAGCAGCAGCACCAAGGUGACUAUGAAGAUUUUCUAAAUUCGCAGAAUCCAAAAGGACUUCCUCCUCAUAAGUUGCUGCUAAAAGAAAACUGUCCUAUUAUGCUUUUAAGGAAUUUAAAUCCUAAUGAAGGAUUGUGUAAUGGGACAAGAAAUUAUUUUUGGCAUUCACGCUGGGAAACAGUCUUCAUCCCAAAAAUACCUCUUCAGACCUCUGACAAUGAAAGAAAUGGGAUUCCGUUCAUAAGAACUCAAUUUCCUAUCCGCCUCUGUUUUGCUUUAACCAUUAAUAAGCUUUACGUUGCACUUUCUAGAGCUAGAACUGCUGCUCACCUUAAAGUUCUUCUUAUUCCUGGAACUUUUGAUGAGAAAAAGAUUAACUGCAAAACUAGGAACGGAUCAAAAGUAGAAGCAAUAAUCUUCAAUGCUGAUAUUCCUAAAAUGAGUCCGCUCUUACAUGUUUACAAAAAAUACAAGAUCACAAAUGCUGAAGUGAAGCCUAUCCCAGCAAAAUUUCAGACAACUGAGCUCACUAUCUAA